AUGUCAACCUUUAAUAUUGCUGCUAAUUAUGACAAUCGUAUAAUUCCAGAUUAUACAGAAGCUGUCGACUCCUUUGACCUUUUAUCUGAAGAUGAAUUUACAAAUUGGUUAAAUGAUAUAGCUAAAAAACAUGCCAAUUGGAUUUACCAUCAAUCUUAUGGUCAUAAGAAGAACAUAGUCUUUGUUGGGAAGCCUCUUGAAAAUACUCUCAAAGUAAAGACAGUAGUUUACUUGUGUGAUCAUGCUGGAAAACCACAAGUGAAAAAAACUUCUCAGCCUGCUCAGAAACAUGUCAGAACAACCAAGUCCAUCAAGAUUGGUUGUCUUGCUAGUAUCUAUAAGCAUACUAUGACUGAUGGUACUGUUUAUAUCAAAUACAACUGGCAGCACCCAAAUCAUGAUUCGUUUAGGAUUGAAGAGAUCAGUUUGUUAAGAGUGCCAGAUGAAUUAAAACAAUGGGUAGAAGGGCUUGUCAGCCAAAACAUGGAUUGGAAAUCCAUCAAAAACAUGCUUAGAAUGAGUGAAGACAGACUUCUUGAACUUGAACAAGCUGGCAAUAGAUCUUUUUUCCCUUCUUCUCUUCUCAUUGAUUAUCAAUAUGUGAGAAAUGUUGUCAAUGCUGAAAUAAUGAAACUCUCAAGAAAACAUGUGGAUCAUUAUGAAAGUGUCAAACUGUGGGUUCAAGAGUUGAAUGAAACUGGUAAAGAACCUGAAGAUUGCUUUGUGUUUACAAUUACUGUGCGAAAUCCUAUCACUAAUAAGGGAUUGCCUGUCUGCUUCUUUAUAACUGAUCAUGAAUAUACCUCAACCUUGAGUCAAUGGUUAACAUGGGUUAAAGUGCAAAACUCAACACAUGCUUCAAACAUAGCUCAUAACAGUGUUUGUGCUGUAUUAAGUAAUAUGAUACAUACAACAACUUCUGUUGCCUAUGAUACAUUGUAUAAUGAACUUCUUGUGAAAUCUGGGAAAUACAAGGACUUUAUUUUGUACUUUAACAGAAUAUUCCAAUCAGUAUGUCUUACACGCCAAGAAGAGCAAAAAAGGCGAAAUGUAUACAUGUUAGAUAGCAAUACUGCUAUGGAAAUGGUUGAGAAAUUGAGUGAUACUGCAUUCACUUGCAAAUCAUUCACAGUUGAUUUUGCUAUAUACAACAUUGAGCUACAGAAUAGUUUUCUGCAAAACUGCACUUGCCCUGAUACUUCCAAGCUUUGCAAGCAUAUCUUUCUCAUCAAUUGUAUGCUAGACAUUUCCUACUUUUUGCGCCAAAGUCUUUUCUUCUCCUCCUCUGCUGUCCAUGUAUCUAAUACUGAUACUAAAGCAGUAGUUGACACUUCUCUUCUUUCUGACGAGAUAGAAGCUGAUAUCAUGAAGUAUCGUCAAUUAUACUCUGUUGAACUUGAUAGCAAGAUAGCUGAGUACAAGGGAAUCCCAGAAGACAUAAGCCAGUUCUUAGAUAUGUUGAAGUUUGCAUACAACAAGCUAAAAGAACAUGGCUCCCCAUCUCAAUCCCGUCCACCUCAACAAACAUAUUUUUUUUAUUAUCAAUUAUCAAUUAUAUAUUAUCAACUACUAUUUUUUUUAUUUUUUUUUAAUUGGUAUUUUUUUUAA